CGACGGUCCGCUUUAGUCGUGUGCCACUGCCUCGCCGUCGGUCCUAGCCGGCCACCACGAGAUCCGUGUUUUAUUGUUUUCGUAGAAAGCUGCCCUGUUUCCGCGACAUGCCUCACACGCCGAGCGUGUUUCCUUCUGCGGUGCUGGAGGACAGUUGUCUGCCGUCGCCCGCGACUGAUAGCCACUACGCCGUCCUGCAGGCUUCGUAUCAGCAAAGCGUGUCUCAUCACCAGCACGGUCACGUCCCCCACGUCAUCGUCCAGCACCCGGUGCCCCAGCUGGCGUCCAACGGCGACGCGUGCCACCCUCGCCUUCACCAACAGCAGCAGCACCGGCUGCCGUCCCCGAACGGUGUCGAACAGCGAUCGUGCAUCGGAGAGCAUCUGCAGGGCAUCGCCGCCAAGCGCCAGCGCAAGCCGUCGCAGCAGCAGCAUCAGCAACAGCAGCAACACCACCAGCAGCAGCACAGUUUAAAGAGGAACGACUCGGACGGCGAGUCCUCCUCGUCGUCGUCGGACGGUUCGCGGUCGCGCAAGCGUCCCUGCCACAGCUUCGAGGAGCUGCAGACGCAGCGCAUGCUGGCCAACGUGCGCGAGCGGCAGCGCACGCAGUCGCUCAACGAGGCGUUCGCGUCGCUGCGCAAGAUCAUCCCGACCAUGCCGUCGGACAAGCUGAGCAAGAUCCAGACCCUCAAGCUGGCCUCCAUGUACAUCUCCUUCCUGUUCGAGGUGCUCAACAGCGACGAGACCGAGAGCAAACUGAGCAGCCAGUGCAGCUUCAUCGCCAACGAACACCUCAGCUACGCCUUCUCCGUCUGGAGGAUGGAAGGAGAGUGGUCCACGCUCUGACCGCCGUGCACCGCUGCUGCUGCUGCGGCGACGUAACUUAUUUGCGAGGAGCUUCCUCCCACGGCCGGACCACUUUCUUCCCGCCGUGGCCCGAAGAGAAAGCGGAGACUGGUUGGUGCGUCUUUGAGUCGGGCGAAUCUGGGAGAGACAAAACGACGGAGCGAGCGGCUCGGUGUCAUCGGAGAGCACACCGCAGACUUCUCCGUCUGCCGCAGACCGUCAAACACGUCAAAGUGUUUUGCUCGUUGUACACACGGGCAGAAAAGCUCGAGGAACACGUGUGCGGCGAAACAACGAGGUCAACGGAGAAAGAACUGAAUUUCUCUCGACGCAGUUGCACAUGGCCAGAAACUGUGCGACGCACUACAGCGUUCACACGUACACGGAGCUUCGGUUUACACUUCCAAGGUCGGAGGUUGCAAGCUCGACUGACGGGCAAAUUUUAGCCCUUUCUCUGUGCCUUUGCUCCACAAACAUUUGUACCCAUCUCCGACUGUGCCUUCCAUCCCAAACCUGACCGGAUUGGCAAUUUUUAAAAUUACUUUUUGGGGGUCAUGAGAACUAUUUGUUAUUGACCAAGUGCAUUUUCACGAAAAGAAGUCCGCCAGUAUGAUCGACCGGAGCUUGUUCAACCCACAGCCCUAAAGCGUAUAUGAACUGUCGUAGCUCUCGUAAUGCUCUGUGAACGCGGACUCCAGACUGUAUGCUUUCUAGCGGUUUACACUUAGUCGCGGCAGCUCGAAGAGUGUAUCUCGCUGUCGGCACGAUUGUCUUUAAUUUCUCGGGCUAUAUCGGCGUAACAACUCCGCAUCUUUGCACGCGAGAACACAGUAGAUCCAGUCGUCCUGUUGCAAGGUUGAUUCCCACAACCGAUCGAACCGCCGGAGGAUCAUGCAUGCACGAGCACCGGACUUGCUCCUGGCGGUACGAUUCUGCGAUGUCCUUUCUGUCUGCGGACUAAACGGCGAUUCGGUCCGUCGUGCGAGUGCAGUGUUUUCAAGGCAGCUGGAUAAAUACGUGCAAAUCUGCUUCACGAAAGAAAUGCGUGCUUUUAUUCUUCUGCAUUUCGUGUGAACAUCUGUAAGGGAACAGAAAUCGGGAGUGUCGACUUUCAUUGAGGGACUGAUUGAGUUCAAUGCCUAAAAAACAACUCUGUGGCUAUGAGAAGCGCCGUAUCGGGCGGCUCUGGGUUAGUUUUGACUACCUCGAGGCGAUCCUCACAGCGCGCACCUAAAUAUAAGCCCUUUAGCCAUUUGGCACUUCUCUCCAACCUAAAUGGGGCCGCCGUGAUCGGGAUUCGGACCCGCGACCUCGUACUCAGUUGCAGCUGUAUGCCACAGACAGUGAGCGACCGCGGCGGCUGAGUGUGGACUUCCGUACACCAAAGAAAUAAUAUCGUACCACGCGAAAUUAACAAAGGAAAACAAACAUGUGAAUAUAAAUUACAAGAAGGAUCGAAAAUAACAUUAUGAACCACAAAAUGAGAAAAAAAAAAAAGAA